AUGAAUACUCUUGCAAUUAUUUUCAUCAUCUUUCUUUCCGCUACGCCUCUCUCAGCUAGUAAUGCUAACAUUGAAGUCGAUUAUUGUAUCGCAAACCGUAGUCUCCCUAAGGGACAUCAAGGAUAUCCUUGCAAAGAUCCUGCUAAAGUUACAACUGAUGACUUUGUUUUUACUGGAUUCCGUGGUGAAAAGAUCAUCACAAAUAUAUUUCGAAACAAUGUUACUCGGGCAAAUCAUGAUACAUUCCCGGCCUUAAAUGGUCUAGGUCUUUCCAUGUCAAGGUUAGACUUGGGUGUGGGUGGUAUUGUCCCGGUACAUUCUCACCGAACAUCAGAAAUUAUUGUGCUUAUAAAUGGAACAAUUAUUGCUGGGAUAAUUGACACAAAUAACACGGCCUACUUUAAAAGAUUAGAGCCCGGUGAUGUCAUGAUUUUCCCACAGUUCUUACUUCACUUCCAGGUGAAUGUUGGUAAAACUCGAGCUCUUGCAUUUGUUGGCUUGAAUGGGGCAAACCCAGGAAUACAAAUCACUUCCACCGCCCUGUUCGCCGGCAAUUUACCAGCUAAAAUAGCUUCACAAAUCACCCUCAUUAGUCCCGGAGAGGUGAGGCGCUUGAGGAUGAUAUUUGACAGAAUUGGCACAGGUCAAUAA